CACCACUCCAGCUCGACUCCACCACCCUCGCCAGCAGCUCCCCCGACGCCUCCCAUUCCAUCAACCGCACUCCCUCCAAUCAGUUCCUGCAGCAGUAAUCCAUCACAACCGCCAGCAUGUCCACCGAUCUCUGUCCCGUUUAUGCCCCCUUCUUCGGUGCGAUGGGCUGCACGUCAGCCAUCGUAUUCACCUGCUUCGGUGCUGCGUACGGUACCGCCAAGGCCGGCGUUGGUGUCUCAGCUAUGGGUGUUCUCCGCCCUGAUUUGAUCGUCAAGAACAUUAUCCCGGUCGUCAUGGCUGGUAUCAUUGGUAUCUACGGGCUCGUUGUGUCUGUGCUGAUUUCGAACGACCUUACGCAACAAUCCUCCCUUUUCACCGGCUUCAUCCAAUUAGGUGCUGGCCUAUCCGUCGGUCUUGCUGGAAUGGCUGCUGGGUUCGCUAUUGGAAUUGUCGGUGACGCUGGUGUGCGAGGAACUGCACAACAGCCACGGUUGUUCGUCGGCAUGAUUCUGAUCCUCAUUUUCGCUGAAGUCUUGGGUCUCUACGGACUCAUCGUCGCCCUUCUCAUGAACUCCCGAGCCAGCACUAGCGUGUGUUCUUAUUAGGCACGUCCAGACUAUAUGACGAGGACUUGCAGCUCAGGCAACUACUCUGCAUCGAGACUCCUCGAAGCCGGAGACGUUAGGUCCUACGGAAGGCGUUGACUGGAAACGAACCACACCUCAUGCCCAUCUCUCCUCGGAACUCAUCCCGGCACGACCACAUAUCUCCUUAUCUCGCAUGAUGCUCACGGAAUCGAUUGCGCGAUUAGAGUGGCCAUGCCUGUAUGUUUUGUAUUCUCGAGUGUAUCUUGUUUUGCGGACAGGCUUUCUCCGCUUGGCGGUGGAAAGCAGAGUGGAGUGGAGUGGAUUGGAUCGGAUGGGAUGAUGGGUAGAUAAUGGAAGCAAAACUCAUUUGCCUUUUUCAUCUGGCGCGCGUGCGAUUGUAAUUCUAUCUCCUUUUCCUUACAAUUUGAUAG